UAUUUCCCAGUGUGCCCCGCGGUGCCGCGAGGGUAACGGGUGUUGUAGUUCUGCCGCCCUUCGGAGUGGUCCAGCAAUCAGCAGGAUGUCGGAGGUGCAGCUGCCGCCACUGCGUGCCCUAGACGACUUUGUUUUGGGGUCGGCGCGUCUAGCGGCUCCUGAUCUAUGCGACCCACAGCGAUGGUAUCACCGCGUCAUCAACAAUCUCCUCUACUACCAAACCAAUUACCUUCUGUGUUUCAUCAUCUGUCUCGCUUUGGCCGGGUACGUGCAUCCGGUGCACACACUCCUGAGUGCGCUUGUAGUCGUGGUGGCCCUUGGGGUGCUGGUGUGGGCAGCUGAGACCCGAGCAGCUGUGCGCCGCUGCCGCCGCAGCCACCCUGCUGUCUGCCUGGUUGCAGUGCUUGCUGUCAGCCUCCUUAUUCUCUGGGUCGCCGGCGGCGCUUUCACCUACCUGCUUAGCAUCACCACACCAGUGCUUCUGAUCUUGCUGCAUGCUUCGCUGCGUCUGCGCAACCUUAAAAACAAGAUUGAGACCAAGAUUGAAAGCAUUGGCCUAAAGCGAACACCAAUGGGCCUGCUCCUGGAAGUGCUGGGACAAGAGCAAGAGGCUGGAUCAUAGGAGCUUGGCAUCUGUACCCUGGAUCUUGAAAACCCCACCUAAUUCCCUGGACCUUUGGCCUUUUCCCAGCCAUUAAAAUAUGAGCCUAGAGCUAAUCAACAAAAACAGAGUAUCUUUGACUGCUCACUCUAGCUCCAAAUUAGUCAUCCCUCACCUUCAAGUCCCUAUUACCUAGGAAACCAGAGACUUCUUGAGUCCUAAACUUGAGAUUCAGAGCCACCUAUACCUAGCCCUGGGUAGUUAAACCAGUCUCAAACUGGGGACCCAGAGAUACUCCUAUAACCCAAACCUGGGGCUCAUUUGUCUUCCAUACUCCAAAGCUAGGGCCUGGAGCAGAAUAUUCUCAAAUCUUAGAACCCAAGUUAAGAUAUAGUCAAAUUUUGAGCCCCAGGUCCUUAGCCCUGACCUGGUUGAAUCCUUGAUCCCAGAUAACCAUAAUCCUCACCAGUCCCAGUAGCCUCUGUCCAUCUAGCUGAUUAGAGAUUUUGUCCCUCCCCUGAAAAUGUUACAGUGUCAAGGACGAACAUACAGGGCCAGCCAGGAAGAGCCCAAACUGGGAAUGGGGUCAUUCAUAAAUAUAUGUAUCAGUAUUCCUGCAACAAUGAAGCUGUUGAAUCUUAAACUAAUUUGGCCUUCUGGGUAAAUUCCUUGUACCUUUCAAUAAACAUUAGUGGUCUGCUGUCUGCUUUUCA